AUGUCUCUUCAGCCAUGGGAGCGCCAAGCCCAAAAGGGUCGAGACAUUUUGCAGAACUCCGUCCCUAAACAAUGGCUCUUGCCGGAAGAUAAGCUCCCCCCAGCGUCACAGAAGGAUGUUACAGAUGUUCCAGUGCAGUGUGGGCUGCUGAGCGAGCAUGAAGUGGCGAUCACCAAUCUAUCUGCGACGCAGCUUGUAGCAGAGAUGGGACAGGGCAAGCUUUCGGCAGAGGAGGUCGUUAUUGCCUUUCUCAAGAGGUCGGUCUUGGGACAUCAGCUCUUGAACUUCGCUACUGAAUUCCUAGCGGACGAAGCCAUUUCGAGAGCCAAGGAAUUAGAUGAUUACUAUAAAAAGACUGGAAAACUUGUUGGUCCUCUGCAUGGGGUUCCCAUAAGUGUCAAGGAACAUGUCGCUAUCAAGAAUAAGACCUGCAACACAGGCUACGUUGCUUGGGUCGACCAGGUAGCCAGUGAGGAUGCAUACCUCUUGCAGCUCCUCCAUAAAGCAGGAGCAGUAUUCCACGUUCGCACAAACCAGCCGCAGUCACUCAUGCAUCUCUGCUGCGAGAACAAUAUCACAGGCAAGACAUUGAACCCAUUCAACCGUACCCUGACGCCUGGUGGCUCUUCCGGUGGCGAGGGUGCGGCAGCCGGCUUUCGAUGCUCCCCCCUGGGUAUCGGCACCGAUAUUGGAGGCUCAAUCCGAGCCCCCGCUGCCUUCUGUGGGGGCUAUGGGUUCAAGCCAACCGCGUUGCGGAAUCCAAUGGCAGGAUGCAGAGUCGCGUGCCUAGGGCAGGAGACCAUUCUCGGGGUCAUUGGUCCUCUGGGUAGCUCUUCGCUGGACGAUCUGGAGCUAUUCCAGAGGGCAGUCCUGGACCAAGAGCCCUGGGAAACGGACACAUCCUUGGUGCCACUUCCGUGGAAACGGGUGACCCCGACGCGAGAUAUCACGAUUGCUAUCAUGUGGGAUGACGGAUGUGUACGUCCCCAUCCACCAGUGACCCGUGCUCUUCGACUGGCAAAGGAGAAGCUUUCGGCGGCGGGAAUUACCGUCGUCGACUGGGAACCAUAUAAGCAUCAAUACGGAUGGGAUAUCCUCUCUAAACUGUAUUACCCCGAUGGGGCCUCCCUGCAACGCAAAAUGCUUCAAGAAUCUGGCGAACCUGCCCUCCCACUCAGUGAAUGGGCCUUCUCAUAUGGCCCAAAGACACCCCUGACGCACCCUGAAGCCUGGGUCCUUCAAUUCCAGCGCACCAUGUACCGUGCCGAAUACCAUGGACUUAUCAAAAGCCGAGGGGUAGACUUCAUCAUAUCACCUGCUUAUCCAGGCGUGGCAGCCGUUUAUGGGGAGUCGCACUACUGGCACUACACUGCGAUUUGGAACCUACUGGACCUGCCAGCGGUGAUCUUCCCGUCUGGGCUCCAUGUCGAUCCGAAGCUAGAUGCAUUGAAUGGGGAAGAUGAAAGCUACAAGCCGCGGAAUGAAAUUGAUGAAAGAGAGUGGAAAAAGUACCAGAGCCCAGAGCGGUAUGAAGGAGCCCCCAUCGGACUGCAGAUCGCCGGCAGACACUUCAAGGACGAGGAAACUCUAGCUGCCGCUAAGAUUGUUGAAGAUAUCAUGAAGGAGGGGGCUCCAGUCUCCGGGCAUUGA